AUGGGAAUCGUACCCAGGCAGAGACUCCAAGUCCGAGUGGUGGAGGAGCUCGGCCAGCUUUCGCUGCUCCCCCUUGUGACCAGCAAGGCAGCCUUGGAGGCGCUCGCGCGGCUGAAGAAGCCCCUGGAGAGAUGUGCCAAGAGCGACAAGGAGGAUCGGAUGGGAGAGCCCGUGAUGUUUAAGUUCAAGGGCCUCCCGAGCUUCAAGGUGCACGUCGAGGUGAUGGAUGAGGCGCUAUGGCCCAGCAUCCGGUCGGUGGACCUGCACUGCGGCGGGGACAUCAAUGACCGCUUCAAGCCCGACUUUCAGCUGCCCCACCCGGACAUGGUUUUCACCGAAGCGAAGCAGUACUGGCGAGAGCGCUUCAGCAGAGGGUACAUGGAGGCGCGCCACAAGGCAGGGGACAACACCACCCACCCAACGACGGCCAUGGGGCCCUUGUGGGUGAAGCAUGGGCCGGAUGCGAUGGUGGAGUUCCUUACUGAGUUGAUCGUAGACGCUGUGCUGGCCAUUGUCAAGGAUGGUAGCCAUGAGCGGAUGCGUGCCUUUCGUGCCUUUGCCCCACAGCUGUCUUCGACAGAGGCGCCCGUGGCUCUUGGGGCGGCUCCCGAACCGGCUCCCCAGGCUCCCGGGGCGACGGCAGGGCUUCCUGGCCUUCCAAAGCUGAAGGGUGAAGAUUCUGCAGACUCUUACCUCCGAGCCGAUCUUCUCAACUUGUUUUCGCCCGAGGCGCCCAUGGCGGCGUUUCCCAAGCUGAACGGGGAGGACGUCUACCUCCCCGCCGACCAGCAGACAAGCCCUCCGCUUCUCCUCGGCCUGGCCGCCGGGGUCUGGAAGGCGGUGAAGCGGAGGGACCAAGCCUUACAGCAAAGCUUGGACAAGGUUAAACGGAUCGCCGGCGGCGAGCUCUUGAAAGCUGCCCUGAAUGCACCGGUGGCCUAUAGAUCUGCGAAGAAAGGAAAGCUGCUGUCUGGCCCGGUCCUCAUGUUCCUCUUAGAACAGGGUGAGCAGGACGAGUUCGACCAGCUGGUUGCCCAGGACCUUCAAACAGCGUACAGCAGCCGCAUCCAAGCGCUACUGGACGCAGGGGCCCGGAUCAAUGCCAGGUACUUGAUGUAUCCCAUCGGAACAAACUGCGGCCUGGGAGAGUUUCCGAUCAUCUGCCUGGCAGGGCAUGAUCCGACCAUCACCGCAUUCUUGUUGGAACGCGAGGCUGACGUCAACCGUCCCAGUGUUCACAAUUUCUUUCCUGCAGGAAACCCGCUUUGGAUUGCCAUUUGGCGAGGGCAAGAGGCCAUGAUCGACAAGCUGCUCGAGCGAAAAGAGCCUAAGGACGGUGAGUCGAACAUGCCGAACGUGUUCCUCGAUGUCAAUAGUUUUGGCUGGUAUCCGGACUCCUCGCCUCUGACACUCAACCAAGAGCCUGCCGGGUGCAACGUGCUGGCGUUGGCCUCAACGCUUCUGGGUAUCCGCCACAUCAACAGGCUCCUGGAGAUGGGUGCACAGCUGGGUGACUGUCCGAACGAGUUGGCUUCUUUCCUUCUGGAGAACGCUCGACCACUUGCCCGGCAUGUGGCCAAGGGCCAGCCCCAGAACAUGGCGAAUGGCAGCGUGCUUCAACAGACCAGCGGUAUGAGGAUCGAGGUACUGGUACAGGAAAUCUUGCGUGAUGAUGAAUCGCGGAGGCGAUUCUUGGAUGCGAUUGACAGGGCCUGCCAUAGUCUUGGCUCCGAGGACUACUGUGCUUUCAUGCGGAUGCUGUCCGACCUGAUUGGAAGGGCUCCGGCCGCAGCCGCCAGGCUCUGUGAUGAGAGCCUGCAGCAGCCCAAGGUGAAUGACCAUCGCCGCCACCCACUCAGAGCCUCGUGCCUCUUCUCGAAGCAUGAGCAGCAGUACAACGCCUAUGUGGGCACCUGGGUCUGGGACAGCGAAGCCCCCUUUGCCGAUAAGCUCGCACCGCCGCCACAGUAUCGCAGAUCUCUGCGCGACAUACUGAUGAUAAAGGACAGCAUGCAUAUCUGCGGAUUUUUCCGCACCUUCUGGGAGAUUGCUAGGGAAAUUGUGCUGCCGGACCAACGCCAAAUUCUCUUUUGCAACAUUUCCGUCCUGCGCACGCCGAACAUCAUCAACAUCAGCAUCCUGAGAGCGAUGAACGGCCUCCCCCAAGACCAGCUUGUCUGCCUCUUCAAAGACAGCGCGGUGUUCAGAGCCAUCGCAUUGUACGUCUGGACUGUAUAUCAGCCAGCGUAUUUCAUCGAUGUUUGGAGCACUUUCGCACAGCUGGUGUCUCUUCUCGUGUGGUGGCAGAACUCUGGCAACAGCACCUGGGUGGUGAUUCUUUGGAUUGGCUUUACCUCCGUGGUCUUCCUGGACACCUCGAACUUGCUGCUGAACCUCGCCCAGCUGGAGCUCCCUUCUCGCAAGCUCAUGGUGCAGGUGAUCAUUGGCUUCUGGAUGUCGGCCUUGACCUGGGGAGGCACCCGCGCGGACAGCCACUCUGCCAUGGCCUCGGGCCUCCCCCUCUGCCUCAUGGGCAUCAUGUACGAGCUCCGGCUCUACCACCCCCUGGGCCUCCCACUGGGCCGCAACCUGCUGCCCAUCCUCAAGGCCGCCCAGACCAAGGAGUUCGUGGCGAUGCUGAUCCUGAUCAUCUCCAUCCUGCUGGCGACCUUCCUGGCCGCCUGUGUGGAGUUCCGGGAGUUCGAGGGGCAGCUGCUUCCGGUCGCGGUACGUACAUGGCAGACCCUGAUCGUGGGGGAGUCUUCGCUCUUCGACGUGGACAACUACGAGCACCACGCCCUGCGCUAUCUCGUGGUCUCCUUCCUCUUCUUCGUGUGUAACAUCGUGCUCAUGAACAUCUUCAUCAGCGUUACGGGCGCCGGCUACGAGGAGGAGCGUGCCAACAUCGAGGGCACCUUCAGCGCGGAGCGCUUCCGGGUGUGCAUGGAGAACGUGGAGGUCACGGGCUGGUCCCGGUUCUUCGUGUUGGUGGCCAUGGUUUCGGCCCUGCUCGUCCGGAUGAUGGUGAGCCUGGCGCUGGGGGAGGUGCUGGUCUUCGUGUCGGAGGCCUGCGCCCUGCUCAUCUGGCUGGUGCUCUUCCUCCUCCAGUGGCACUUCUGCCACGAGGCCACGAAGCUCCGCGUGAAGCCCGAGGACCUGGAGCCCGAGGCAAGGAAGUACUUCUGGAUCUGCGUGCCAUCCCAGAGGCUGGAGGUGGACGAGGACGCCCCGGACGUGAACCUGCUCAACGAGAUCGCCAGCGAGUUGAGGGAGUUUCGCGAGAUGUUCCAGCGUCGGCCAGCUGUGGGCCGCAUGCGCCGCCUGCGGCGUGUGCCAGUCAACUCGCAGAGGAGAUGGCUCCAGGACUUGAUGAUGGCCGCCGAGCUCGACCUGGAGAAGUACCUGGAUGCUGCGCUGCACUGGGCCGAGACGAAGGACAUCGUCCAAAGUGAUCUGCUGGGCGGGCCUGGCACCUGCACUUCGCACCAAGAGGCUUCAGCCGUUCUGGAGGACCUGAUUGCGCACCUGGGGCUUGGUGAGGCUCCCUGCCGUCGCCUUCGGUGGCAACUGCAGCAGCAUUGGCAGCCUCCGCAGCCUCCAUCCCAGUAG